CCUGAAAUUCAAGCAACUUUUCUAUCCAAGUUAACAUAUUGGUGGAUAAACAAGCUGAUUAUUAAUGGUUAUAAAAGGCCAUUAACAGGAAGUGAUGUUUGGCAAAUACAGGAUUCAUUGUCUUCUAAGCAAGUUGGCCCUACAUUUGAUUCUGAAUGGAAACAAGAAUUGCGAAAUAAAAAAUUUUUGUAUGUAUUGGUAACUUUCAAGAUUGAAGUACGUUUUUUCAGUGAUACUAUUCCGGAGGAUAUCAAAAUUCAUUCCAGCAGGGAGCCAUUAUUGGCCUUGGCCCUAGUCCGUAGUUUUGGUAGCCAGUAUCUGAUAGCCAGUUUAUUAAAGUUAUUAGCUACCGGUAUCGCCUUCAUUUAUCCGCAACUUUUACGGUAUAAUAUUCCGUUUAUAUCAUCAGAUCUUUCAAGACCAGCAUGGGUUGGGUACGCUUUAGCUGGUCUACUAUUCCUCACAACCAUAAUCCGUUCAUUUGUAAUCAAUCAAAUGCACCAGAUUGCUCUCAUAGUAGGAAUUAAAAUAAAAACAGCUAUAAUAUGGUCUUUGUAUCGCAAGACACUAAAGUUAUCUGGUACUGCAAGGAAAGAAUUUACUGUUGGCCAAAUUGUAAACUUGAUGGCCGUUGAUUCUGAAAGAGUUGCUGGCUUUGUUGAUAUGAUCAACAAAGCCUGGGCUGCCCCGUUAACGGUAGUGUUUGCUGUCUAUUUCUUGUGGGAUUUGUUAGGACCAUCAGUUUUAGCAUCCGUGCUAAUCCUAGUCCUAACUCUAUUCCUGAAUGCCUUUGUCGCCUUUAAAUCUCGCCAGUUUCAGACUAGGGGACUGAAAUAUGUUGAUGAAAGGGUAAAAUUUAUGAGUGAAAUUGUAAGCGGUAUCAAGAUACUGAAAUUGUAUGCUUGGGAAAAACCUUUCAUGAAGUAUGUGGAAGAUAUUCGUACCAAAGAACUCCAGCAAUUUAUGUACAGCCGACUAUUGCAUGCUUUUGUCGCCUUUACAAUGGCUAUUAUCCCUUAUGUCAUAGCGCUCAGUGCAUUUGCUACCUAUGUCCUUGCCGGAAAUGAACUAAAUCCAGAAAAGGUGUUUGUUUCCUUAUCACUGUUUGGGCUUAUGCGAAUACCGCUGUUUUCGUUACCUCGUGUUUUCGCUGGUAUCAUUGAAGCUAACGUAUCUUUAAAGAGAUUAAGCGCAUUUUUAAGUUGUAGCGAAAUAUCGCCGGUGUGUCAGGAUAUAAUGAAAUCCGAUCAUCAGUGCGUUAUUUCUGCCAGAAAUGCUAGCUUCAAGUGGGAUCCUCAAGACAAAUUUAAUUGCUUAUUCUCUAGCAUUACCGUCGAUAUUAGAGAAGGUAGUUUAACCGCUAUUGUUGGCAACGUUGGUAGCGGUAAGUCUUCUUUAUUGUCAGCUUUGAUUGGGGAACUAUACAAAAUGAAUGGAAAUAUCAAUCUUCAAGGUUCCAUAGCUUACGUUGCUCAACAAGUCUGGAUACAAAAUACGACUUUCCAGAAAAACGUUUUAUUUGGUAAAGAAAUGGAUUACACAGUUUAUGAAAAUGUGGUCAAAGCAUGUGCUUUAGAAGAAGAUGUACGCUCUCUUCCUGCAGAAGACUACACAGAGAUUGGUGAAAAGGGAGUUACAUUAAGUGGAGGGCAAAAGCAACGAUUAAGCUUAGCGCGAGCUGUAUAUAGUAAUAGAGACAUUUACUUACUCGAUGAUCCACUUAGUUCAGUGGAUACUCGCGUUAGCAAGCACAUAUUUGAUGAAGUAAUUGGACAGCGAGGCUUAUUAAGCAACAAGGCAAUAACUCACAGUAUUCAGCACUUAUCAAGCGUAGACCGAAUUAUUAUUAUGGAAGAUGGUAAAAUUAUUGAGUGCGGCAGCUAUACGGAAUUAAUCAAUAGAAGCGAUAGAUUUGCGACAUUUAUACAAAGGUUCACAGACAUAAAUAAGUCACAACAAGACUAUCCGAAUUGGCGAUUGAUUGUUUAUUACUUGCGAGUUUUAGAAGAUGAAGAUACUGUUAGGCGUGAAUUAGAUUGGAAAUUAGAAUCAAGUUCUGCAAAACUACGCAGUAGAGGAUUAGGCCGCGGUCGUGGACAUGGUCUAAAUCUAGGUGAAAGAGAUUCUAAAGCGGAUGUAAAAUCUUCGGAAUCCGUUGUUCAAGCAGACAAAAGUGAAAAAAGCAGACGGAAAGAAAGAAAAAUAUUUAAUGUUAUAACUAAAGAAGCAGCAGCGACUGGAAGGGUUUCAUCUUCAGUGUACUUAAGCUAUUUCAAGUCGUUAGGGCUAUUCAGUGUGGUUGGUAUCGUAGGUUUAAUAGGUAUAGAUCAAGCCUGUCAGGUUGGUGGAAAAUUUUGGUUAGCCGAAUGGAGUACUGCCGGUAUUAAUUCAUCGCAAACGGAUAUUCGCGAUAGAUACUUAGCUGUUUACGGGAGUUUUGGUGCUGGGCGAGCUAUAGUACGAGGAUUAGCUAUUGUAUUACUAGUACUAGCUUCAUUUCGUGCUGCUCGCCUAUUACAUGGUAAAAUGCUUUUAAGCGUACUUCGUUCGCCAAUGUCUUUUUUUGAAAGAACUCCACAGGGUCGAAUUAUUAAUCGAUUUGCAAAGGAUGUUAGAUCGAUAGACGGUCAGUUAUCGAGAACUAAUUACGUAUUACUCACAAAUCUAUUUAGUGCUUUUGGUAUGAUAACUACCAUUAGUAUAUCCACUCCCCCCUUUAUUGCUGUUAUCGUUGUUUUAUGCGUUCUGUAUGGACUGAUUCAGAGAUUAUUUAUACCGGCUUCGAGGCAACUAAAACGUAUGCAAUCAAUUAGUCGCUCUCCAAUUUAUUCUCACUUUACGGAGUGCGUGCAAGGAGCAAUGGUUAUUCGUGCUUACAAAGUCCAUGAUCGAUUUUGCACCGAGGGAGAUCUGAAAACUGAUCGAAAUGUAAUAACGCGAUAUUCUAAGGCGAUGUGUUUUAGAUGGUUAGGUGUACGAUUAGAAUGUAUUGGUAGUUGCAUAACCUUUUUUGCCUCAGUAUUCGCGAUGGCAGCUCGUGACACUAUUGGACCCGGAAUCGUCGGGUUGUCAAUUUCUACUUCACUUACGAUUACUCAGACGCUAAAUCACAUUGUAGUAUCAAGUAGUGAGCUAGAGACGGAAAUUGUUUCAGUCGAAAGAUUGCGGGAAUAUUCCACGCUGCCCGCUGAAGAGGAUUGGGAAACUGGAGAAUGCUGUCCAGACGCUAACUGGCCCAUGAAUGGAUCGAUACAGUUUAACAAUUUUUCAACUCGAUAUCGUCCUGAAUUGGAUUUAGCUUUAAAGAACGUAAAUUUUACUAUAGCGAGUGGUGAAAGGGUCGGUGUUAUUGGCCGAACUGGUGCUGGUAAAUCAUCGUUGCUGUUGUCAUUAUUUCGUAUCAUCGACUCUGCAGGCGGCAGUAUCACAAUUGAUGGUAUAGAUAUAUCCAAAGUUGGCCUACAGAGAUUGCGUUCGCGAUUAACUGUUAUACCUCAGGAUCCGGUGUUGUUUUCUGGUAGUAUUCGCAUGAAUCUUGAUCCUUUCAAUGAGUAUGAUGAUAAAACUAUUUGGACGGCACUCGAACAUGCAUACCUGAAAACAUUUGUGCAAUCUUUAGAUAAUCAACUGAAUCAUCAGAUAACGGACAGUGGUGGCAAUAUUAGUGUCGGCCAAAAGCAGUUACUUUGCUUGGCUCGAGCACUUUUACGAAAAACGAAGAUAUUAUUAUUGGAUGAAGCUACUGCAGCCGUAGAUUUGGAGACUGACAGCUCAAUUCAGGAGACUAUCCGGAAUCAAUUUACGAACUGUACGGUGUUAACGAUUGCUCAUCGUCUACAAACCGUUAUGGAUUAUUCCAAGAUAGUCGGACUCGAAUCUGGUAAAGUUAUGGAAGUAGGCUCGCCAUCUCAUUUAUUAUCCGACCCGGAAUCACUAUUUUAUCGUAUGGCUAAAAAAGCAGAAUUAGUUUAA